AUGGAAGACGUGAUAUAUCACCCUUAUUCGAACGCCCUUGGAAUGGAGAGUGGAGAGAAAAGACUAGAAACUUCUAGAAGAAACGAGGAGAACCGUUUACCGGGCGUCCGAUCACACCGUGACCGUGGUAUGAUAACACCGUGUCUCGGUAAUCGGUGAUAACACGCACAGUUCCCAAUCGUAAUAACCAAAUAAACAAUAAUAUUGUUCGACUGCGUAUAAUGCGAUAAUCUGAGACCGCGGUUUACUGCGUUAAUAUCGGCGUCGUCGUUUUCUUUUAUAAUUUUGUAUUUUGUUACUCGCCACUCGCGCACACCGAAACGAAACUUCCCGUACGACGAGAGUUCUACGUUAUUAUUGGUAUUGCUGCCGGCAAACAAACGGCAGAAACGGAGGCAUACACGGCCACGGACAAAUACCGGGAAACGACAAAUAUCCCGACGGCUAGCAACAGUUGCUGCUGCGGCGGCUGUCGGAACCAUAGCUUCGUUCCCAAAGGCAAGGAACAAUCCAUCGCCAAUCGUGCACACCAACCGUUGCCGCUCUACACCGGUUGCAAGAGAAGACGUUUGGAGUGCAGACGAUCCCUGCGUUUCGCUCCUUACCCCGAGUAUUGCGCUUCCACGGUCAUGUUCAAACAAGGAUAUCCAUCUGUUGACGAAUCGACGACGGCGGCCUCGCCCGUUCAGCCGCCGGCCUUCCAUCUGCAGUUCAACGGUCAGCCCGUCGGCUUCUCGGCGUUCACUCCCGACUACUACCAGCAGUUCCCGUACACGUUCUCGUCGUCCACGCCUCCCACGUACAGCUGGGCCAACACCAACAGCACCAACAUCAUGAAGUGAGCGGCUUCGUCGCCGUUAUUAUUGCUGCCAGCUGUUUAAUUGACGUUGUUCUCACGAUUUUAGGUUCACGGGAUCCAGUAAUCCGGUACCAUUGGACACAACUACCUACCAUGCCAGUAAUUUUGGUUCCGUACCAAAGCGAAAAAUUGACUUGGAUGCCGAGUAAGUGUUGUUACAUUCACCUAGGUACCUAUUAAAUUUAAUAAAUUAACUCGUAUAAUUCAUGUCUAUAGGCUUCCGCAACCGCCUAAAAUGCGCAUCACUGAAGAGAAGGUCUCUGCCAGUUUACGGGACAUGCACAUCAGCAAUGUAUACAAGCCACACAAUUAUUGUCUCACCAUGGAUACUAGUGAAAUGGAUGUAAAUAAAAAAAAUUAUGAUCAUGGAUUGUAAUACUUAUAUUAAUUAUUUAUUGUUUUUUUUUAUUUUUAUUCCAUAGACCUUAGAAGAGACUCCAAGUCUGAACUUCUCAAAUACUAAAGAAAUUAUUAAAACUGAGCCUCAAAAUACAAUAGUUAUGUGUGAAGAAUUACGCAAGCUGAACAAUUUUAAUUCAAUCAUACCUCAACCACUACUUAAUGUGUAUGUUGAAUAAUAAUGUGUAUCUAAUAUUGUAUUAAUUUAUGUAUACUUUAACUGUUAAGAGAAAGACCAAACAAUACAGUUGCAAUAUGGAAACCACAGCCUGUAGUGGAAUUGGUACGUUCAUAUUCAAACUUCAAGGAUCCAGAAUCUACUGUUAUUAUUACUGAAAUAACUGAGGAAGAAGAAAAUGAAAUUCUUAAUCAAGACAAAAUGCUUAUUGAAGAAAAUGAAAGGUAAGUCAAAUAUUGUUUAUGCCAAAAGAAUAUUUGAUAUGUAACCUAACCUUGCAAGUAAUUUUCUUAAACAUUUGACUCUUUCCAUAAUCUUGCUGCUGAUAAAGAGGUGCUUCUUGAAUUUAAAUUUUUAAUGUUCAAACAUGAUACACCUAGUUUGAUAUCCUGUGGGAAAAUAUGAAAUUAAUAACCUUAGUUUUCGCAGUGUGGAUCCUUAAAUAAUUACUUUACCUUGCUAUAUUCUAUAAUAAAAUUAUGUUAACAAAUAUUUAUUUAAGAAAUCAACACUUAUUUAUUAGGCUAUUCAAUUUAAAUUUUGAUGGGUUUUCUGAUUUUACUUAAAAUAUUUUAUACAGUUAUAGAUUGAUUUCAGUAAGUACACUCUUAGAAAGUAUUAACUUAUUUCAGAAUUUGUUUUAUUAAAAAUUUAAAAAACAAGUAGCUCUAUAAUUUUAAAUUUGUUAUUUUUUGGUCACCUUUUUUUUGAAAACCAGUACAUAUUUUUGAUUUCUAAAUGUUAACUUAAAUUUAAAAUUCCAUAAAUAGAUGGAGUAUUAAAUUAUUGAAAUUUUUAAUUUCUGUCUACACGUCUACAAUUUCUGUCUUCACAGGCUUGGUGCGUGUUAAUAAUGUAUUACUUCUUUCCUUCUAUCCAAACUUAAAAAUAGAGUAUCCUCUGAAUGGGAAAUCAAACCUUUUUUAAACACUUUGACUAAUACUCCAUCGAUUUAUGAAUUGUUUUUAUAUAGGUUGAUAUUUGAAAAUCAAUAAUAGUUAAUGGUUACCUUGAAAAAUAACGGUGAAAAUAAUAAUGUAAAAAUCAAAAAUUGUAGAGCUGAUUUUCUUAAAUUUUUAAUAAAACAAAUGCCAAAAAGAAGUUAGUCCAAGAUAAUGAGUGUACCCAUUUAAAUGGAUCACUAUAUUAGAUAUCUGAUACCUCAAUAUAUAUUAUAUUGUCUAAUUUACUUUGGACAUUAUUUAUAAUGCCUAGGUAGGUACUAUAAAUAAUACCGGAUUUUAAAUAUUACCAGUAGCAUUUAUAUUAUAUAAGUGAUUUCCUUGUUUGAUUUGGGUUUUAAAAUAUUUUGCAUGUUAUAGCGUUUUAUUUAAUAACUAAAGAAUGUUAGUGUUAAUUUCAGUUAUAUCUUAUCGGACUAUUUUAUUUGUAAUACAAGUUUUUAUAUUUGAUAAUUAUUACUAAACCAUUAAAUAUACAUAAAACAUACCAAUAAAUGAAUGGUUGGUAUUUUUAGAGAUUCCUUAACAAAUAUAAUACAAAAUAAUUUUAUGUUAUUAAUUAUGUAUAUAAACUAUUUUUUAUUCUAGUGUUUUCUUUAAUAUAGUAUAAAAUAUUGUUUAAUUAUAAUUUUGAAUACAAAAUUUGCAGUAACAUUGCUUUUGAAGAUGAUGGAAUGGAAUUAUGA